GAUUACUCUGUGUCCUCUUUCUUUGAACCUCAUGGGAAUACAAAGGUGUAAAAAUUCAAAUUCCCCUCGGGUUUUAUGUCUUCAGGCUUUUCACAUUUUACUGAUAUCGCAAAGGUAUAAUAAAAAUUCCGCCGUUGCGCGUUCGCUUUCUUCGUAUAAAGCACAAGCUUACUCCCACAUCGAAGAAUAUUUCACAGCACAUCUCACAUGUUAGACAAACUAGACUUAAUUGUGAUCACAGCUCUCGCCUUGGCAGUUGCUUACUAUUAUAGCAAGGACUUCAUCUUUGGUUCUGAUGGCUCAAGCAACGCCGGUUUUGUAGCUGAUGGCGGCGAAGAAGAGAGAGACCUCCUUGUCAAACUAGAGCAAAACAAGAAAAACAGUGUAGUAUUUUAUGGAUCUCAAACUGGUACAGCCGAAGAUUAUGCUCAUAAGUUGGCCAGAGAACUACACUCCAAGUUUGGUCUAAAUGUGCUAAUCGCCGACUUGGCUGAUUAUGAUUUUGAUAACUUGAAAGACUUGGACCUGAAUUGUUUGAUGUUUUUUAUGGUAGCAACUUACGGUGAGGGAGAACCCACUGACAAUGCUGUGGAGUUUUUUAACUGGCUUGACAAUGAGGCUGACCAGGUAACGAAUCUCAAAUUUACAGUGUUUGGGUUGGGAAAUUCCACUUAUGAGUUUUACAAUGCCAUGGGUGCGAAGUUGAACGAUAAGCUUGAGCUUCUUGGCGCUGAAAGGUUUGCACCUUAUGGCCAGGGUGAUGAUGGCUUGGGUACAAUGGAUGAGGAUUUCUUGUCUUGGAAAGAAGAAUGCUUCGAUUCUUUGAAGAGCAACGUGAAUCUAGAAGAGCACGAGCUGGAGUAUGAGCCCUCUUUCCAGUUGAUCGACCAACCAUCCCUUACAUCCUCAGAUGAAUCUGUAUCAAACGGUGAGCCAAACCUGACAUAUGUCAGUUGUACAAGCCCAAUUACGAGGGGCCCAUUUGAUCACUUACACCCCUACAUUGCACGCGUAUCCCAAUCAAAAGAGAUGUUUGAUUCCCCAAGUCGCUCGUGCGUUCAUGCUGAGUUCGAUUUAUCCCCUUCAAAUUUAAAGUACUCUACUGGUGAUCACCUUGCAAUUUGGCCUUCAAAUUCGAAUGAGAAUGUCGGCAAAUUCAUUCAUUGUUUUGGAUUGGAAGAAAAGAGGGGUCUUGUUUUUAAAUUAAAAACACUCGAUUCAACGGUUCAACUCCCUUUUCCCACUCCAAUUACUUACGAAGCUGUAAUUAGGCAUCACUUAGAAAUCUCAGGUCCGAUCUCCAGACAAGCAUUGAAGUCAAUAGCUCCUUUUGCACCAAAUGAAGCAGCAAAGACUACAUCCAUGCGUUUGGGAUCAGACAAAUUAGAAUUCGCUGAAAACAUUCAUGACAAAAAGUUGAAUUUAGCUGACGCUCUCUUGCAUAUUUCGGAAGGGGAGCCUUGGAAAUCUGUGCCAUUUGUCUUCUUGAUUGAGCUAAUUGCAAGCUUGCAGCCACGCUAUUACUCAAUCUCAUCGUCAUCUUUGAGCGAAAAAUCAGUUAUUCACGUCACCGCGGUAGUUGAAGCAGAAAUUAGAGGCGAACAUAAAGUCACAGGCGUUGCAACGAACUUAUUAAAAGAUAUCGAAGUAUCUCAAAACGGGAGUCCUGACGUACGAUUUGCAACUUAUGAUUUAGAUGGACCAAAAGGAAAAUUCAAGGAAUUUAGGUUGCCUGUGCAUGUUCGAAGGUCAACUUUCAAGUUGCCAUCCAACCCAUCAACUCCCAUCAUUCUUGUUGGACCAGGAACUGGAGUUGCUCCUAUGAGAGCAUUUAUUAGAGAAAGAGUUGCGCUUCUCAAAAACUCAGACACUAUCAAGCUCGGUAAAUCAAUUUUGUUCUACGGAUGCAGAAGAAAGGAUGAAGAUUUCCUCUAUCGUGAGGAAUGGCCUGAGUAUGCGCGGGUUUUAGGUGACUCUUUCGAGAUGGAUGUUGCAUUUUCUCGUGAAAGUUCCCAAAAGGUUUACGUCCAAGACAAGAUUUUGUCCAGAGCUAAAGAAGUGAACCUGCUUCUCGAGAGUGGGGCAUUCAUCUAUGUAUGUGGAGACGCCUCUAAAAUGGCAAGAGAUGUGCAAACUACCAUUGUAAAGAUCAUCUCAGACGAAAGAUCCAUUUCGCCAGAAAAGGCGGGUGACUUGGUGAGGUCGUUGAAAGUCCAGAACAGAUAUCAAGAAGAUGUUUGGUAGCAGAUAUAUAGUUUAAUCAAGGGCAUUGAGCAUGACCUCUAAUCUAGGUAUUCAUCUGCGUUGCAUAUACUCCAUUGUUUAUUGCAAGCGUUAUAGUAAUCUUCAA